AUGGGUAAUUUUAAUGGAUUAUUCAUUCAUUCUUUCUCUCAUUGUCAUAAAAUAAUUUUCUAUCUAUCUAUCUAUCUAUCUAUCUAUCUAUCUAUCUAUCUAUCUAUCUCAGUUUGUAUCUAUCUAUCUAUCUAUCUAUCUAUCUGUCUAUCUGUCUAUCUAUCUAUCUAUCUAUCUAUCUAUCUAUCUCAGUCGCUUCAGUUCUAUCUAUCUAUCUAUCUAUCUAUCUAUCUCAGUCGCUUCAGGUCUAUCUAUCACAAUAGGUUUGUAUCUAUCUAUCUAUCUAUCUAUCUAUCUAUCUAUCUAUCUAUCUGUCUAUCUAUCUAUCUAUCUCAGUCGCUUCAGGUCUAUCUAUCUAUCUAUCUAUCUAUCUAUCUAUCUAUCUAUCUAUCUAUCUAUCUCAGUCGCUUCAGGUCUAUCUAUCACAAUAGGUUUGUAUCUAUCUAUCUAUCUAUCUAUCUAUCUAUCUGUCUAUCUGUCUAUCUAUCUAUCUAUCUCAGUCGCUUCAGGUCUAUCUAUCUAUCUAUCUAUCUAUCCAUCUCAGUCGCUUCAGGUCUAUCUAUCACAAUAGGUUUGUAUCUAUCUAUCUAUCUAUCUAUCUAUCUGUCUAUCUGUCUAUCUAUCUAUCUAUCUCAGUCGCUUCAGGUUUGUAUCUAUCUAUCUAUCUAUCUAUCUAUCUAUCUAUCUAUCUAUCUAUCUCAGUCGCUUCAGGUCUAUCUAUCUAUCUAUCUAUCUAUCUCUCUCUCCAUCUCUCUCUUUCUCUCUCUCUCUCUCUAUAUAUAUAUAUAUAAACCUUUCUUCCUUCUUAUCUAUCUAUCUAUCUAUCUAUCUAUCUCUCUAUCUAUCUAUCUCUCUAUCUAUCCCCUAUCUUUCUCUCUCUCUCUCUCUCUCUCUCUCUCUCUCUCUCUCUAUAUAUAUAUAUAUAUAUAUAUAUAUAUAUAUAUAUAUAUAUAUAUAAACCUCUCUUCCUUCCUUUCUAUCUAUCUAUCUAUGAGGCUUUCUUUCAUAUUCUCCAUGCUUCUUUCGUUAUCAUUAUCUGUUCUAAGAUACAUUUUCUUUCUUUUUUUUUUUGCAUCAUUUCUUUCUGCCAUCGUCCUUUCUUUUCCACUGCUCUAUUUAGUUCUUUCCAUCUUUUUUUUUUUUAGUUCUUCCUUUUUCAGUUAUCUUCUUCUUCUUCUUCUUCUUCUUAAUUUCUUUUCUUUUUCUUUCACUUAUUAUUUACAUCACGUCUUUCUACCCUUCUUCCUUUUUGUUUUCAUCAUCUUUUCGUUCUGGCGUCAUUUUUUUUUUCUUUAUUUCUUUAUUACUUUCUUUCGUUUUUCUCUUUUUUUCAUUUCUUCUUCAUCUUCACCUUCUUCAUCUUCAUCGUCUUCUCCAUCUUUUGUGUUUUCUUUUUCAGCUAACGUUUUUCUAUUUUUCUCUUUUCUUUCUUUUUUUUUUCUCCUUUCUCUCUUCUUUUCAUUUUCUUCUCUGUUACUUAUAUUUGUCACCAAUGCUUUCUUGCAAUAUUUUUAUUUCGUUCUCCUCCCUAAUUUAUUUAUUUAUUUAUUUUUUGUUGGUUUCCUCUUUCCAGCUUCUAUUUCUAUUAGUUUUUUCUUUUCUUUUCUACCACAGCUUCCUUCUCUUUCACUGUUUUCGGUUUAUGCUUUUCGUAUGUCGUCCUUCCUAAAUUCUGCUCCUCCUUUUCUCUCCUUUUUGCAUUCAUUCCAAUUCUCUCCUCUCUCCAUUUUUCGACGCUUCUAUUAUUUCUUUUUUUUUCUUUUCAUUUUUCCAUUCUUCUUCUACAUUUCCUUUUCUUCCUCUCUUUUGCUUUUUCCUCUUCUCUUUUUCCUUUUUCUUCUUUUCUUUUUCUUUUUUCCUCUUCUCUUUUUCCUUUUUCUUCUUUUCUUUUCUUUUUCCUCUUCUCUUUUUCCUUUCUCUACUUCUCUUUUUCCUUUUUCUUCUUCUUUUCCUCUUCUCUUUUCCUUUUUUCUUUUCUUUUUUUUUUCCUCUUCUCUUUCCUUUCUCUUUCUCUUUUUCCUUUUCUUCUUCACUUUUCCUUUUCCUCUUCUCUUUUCCUUUUCUUCUUUUCUUUUCUUUUUUCCUCUUCUCUUUUUCCUUUCUCUGCUUCUCUUUUCCUUUUCUUCUUCACUUUUCCUUUUCCUCUUCUCUUUUCCUUUUUCUUCUUUUCUUUUUUUUUUUCCUCUUCUCUUUUCCUUUUCUUCUUUUCUCUUUCUUUCCUCUUCUCUUUUCCUUUCUCUCUUCUCUUUUUUCUUUUCUUCUUCCUUUUCCUUUUUUCCUCUUCUCUUUUCCUUUUUCUUCUUUUCUUUUCUUUUUUCCUCUUCUUUUUCCUUUCUCUGCUUCUCUUUUCCUUUUCUUCUUCACUUUUCCUUUUUCCUCUUCUCUUUUUUCCUUUUCUUCUUUUCUUUUUUUUUUCCUUUUCUCUUUUCCUUUCUCUACUUCUCUUUUCCUUUUUUCUUCUUCACUUUCCUUUUCCUCUUCUCUUUUCCUUUUUUCUUUUUUUUCUUUUUCCUCUUCUCUUUUUUCUCUUCUUCUUUUUUUCCUUUUUCUUCUUCACUUUUCCUUUUUCCUCUUCUCUUUUUCCUUUUUCUUCUUUUCUUUUUCUUUUUCCUCUUCUCUUUUUCCUUUCUCUACUUCUCUUUUUCCUUUUUCUUCUUCACUUUUCCUUUUUCCUCUUCUCUUUUUCCUUUUUCUUCUUUUCUUUUUCUUUUUUCCUCUUCUCUUUUUCCUUUCUCUACUUCUCUUUUUCCUUUUUCUUCUUCACUUUUUUCCUCUUCGCUUUUGCCUUUCUAUUCUUCUCUUUUUCUUUUUUCUUCUUCUCUUUUUCCUUUCUCUUCUUCUCUUUUUCUUUUUUCUUCUUCACUUUUUUCUUCUUCUCUUCUUCCUUUUUCUCCUUCUCUUUUUCUCCUUCUCUUUUUCUUUUUUCUCUUCUCUUUUUCUUUUUUCUUCUUCUCUUUUUCUUUUUUCUUCUCUUUUUCUUUUUUCUUCUUGACUUUUUCUUUUUUCUUCUUCUCUUUUCCCUUUUUCUUCUUCUACUUUUUCUGA